AUGCGCAAGCACGUCCAAUGGCGUCACCGCAAAUUUGAUGCGAGACAGCGCAGCAGAACGGCAGAGGGCAACUUCCUACCGGCAGCGCGAGACGCCGCGGCGGAGCUCUCGGCUGUCGACUGGGAUGCGCCCAAGGCGGAGGGCCUGUCGCUGGCUGAGCUGGCGCGGCGAUUCACGACCGAGUUCCUGGAGCGGGAGUGGUUUGUCACCGGCGAUGUGCCAGUAGCGCUGUUUUCUGACGCCUUUGUGUUCAAGGACGACUCGGUGGCCACCAGCGGCAUCCGCUCCUACGGCCUGGGUGUGCGCAAGCUGUUUGACCAGUCAAACGCCCGCGCGGAGCUCAUAACCGUCACAAUCGACGAGGCCGCGCGGGCGAUCGUCGCCACCUGGCGCCUAGAGGGCGGCGUGAACCUGCCGCUGCGGCCGCGCAUCCCGCCCUUUGUGGUGACGACCACGCUGGGGGUGGAUGAGAAGGGGCUCAUCGCCAGCCAGCUGGACGAGUUUGCGGUCCCGGGGUGGCGCCUGCUGGCGGGGGCCCUGCUGGGCGCGUGGGCGGGGCCGCCGCCCGCGCCGGCUGCAGCUGUGCUGCGCGCCGAGGCCGCGGCGGCGGGGCACGCGGGCGUGGUCGGCGCGGAUGCAAAUGCCGAGGCGGCAGCGGCGGCCCCGCGGGGUUGA